CCUUAUUAUGAUUCCUCAUGAACAUCGACACUCGCACCAACAGGCCGUUGGCAUUGCGAAUAGCGAGGCACACUGUGCCUGCCAGGUGAGACUCUCAGAGUCUCAGAUAUCAGUUUUGCUGCGUCUACGACCGCGGUACACUGCAGCUGAAGUGGACUGAUGUGCCGCAAAGUAUGGGGCCGCCACAUUGGGUUGAAUUUGCACGGCCAGUUCGUGCUCGGUAGUCAUUCUGCAACAAGCAACAAAACUGGCAGGUUAGCGCACGCAGGAUGGGUGGGGACACGUAUACGCCAGCGGAUGAACUGGUUGUGUGCGAAGAACCAAAGAAAGAGACCUGUGGAAUCGACGAAAGCCACGUCAACGCCGGAAAGCAGCCCGACAACGACGUAAUAUCUGGAAAUACGCUACAAGUUGCGUGUAUGAACGGCGACCUGGAUUCUGUUCAGAGUUUCCUAGCUCGUGGGGCUGAAAUCGACUCAAAAGAUGAAGAUGGCUACACCCCAUUGGCCUACGCGGUGGAAAAUGGGCAUACGCGAAUUGUUAAAAAGCUGCUGGAAAUGGGUGCAUCUAUCGACACGGUUAGCAACGAUGGGCGGACAGCUCUUAUGUGUGGUUCGGACAAGGGCUAUCCCGAUGUAGUUAAGGUGCUCUUAGAAAACGGCGCUGAAGUCGACAAAGCGGGGCGAAACGGAGUCACGGCGUUGAUUCUAGCAUGUCAAGAAGGGAACAUUGGUACAGUUCAAGCGCUUCUCAAGCAUGGAGCAUCGGUAGAUUUGGUCAAUGAAGAAGUGCGAGUAUCGAUUUGA